GACGUGCCCGCUAUAUGAGCUCCGCGAGGCGCUGACUCGGCCCUUUCCGCCUCGCUCCCGCCCGCUCUCGGGUCGCUGCGCAGAGAUCAGCGCCGCCGCCGCCGCUCCCGCCGCCCAACGCCGCCGCCAUGAUCAUCUACCGGGACUGCAUCAGCCAGGACGAGAUGUUCUCGGACAUCUACAAGAUCCGGGAGGUGGCGAACGGCCUGUGCCUGGAAGUGGAGGGGAAGAUGGUCACCAGGACAGAGGGUCAAAUUGAUGACUCUCUAAUUGGUGGCAAUGCCUCUGCUGAAGGUCCUGAGGGAGAUGGAACAGAAGCUACGGUCAUAACUGGUGUUGAUAUAGUAAUAAACCACCACCUGCAGGAAACCAGCUUUACAAAAGAGUCCUACAAGAAGUACAUCAAGGACUACAUGAAAGCAAUCAAAGCCAGACUUGAGGAACAUAAGCCAGAGAGAGUAAAGCCUUUCAUGACAGGGGCUGCAGAACAAAUCAAACACAUCCUUGCUAACUUCAAAAACUACCAGUUCUUUGUAGGUGAGAACAUGAAUCCAGAUGGUAUGGUGGCUCUCCUGGAUUUCCGUGAGGAUGGUGUGACCCCAUAUAUGAUCUUCUUUAAGGAUGGCUUAGAAAUAGAGAAAUGUUAACGAAUCAAACAGUAUGAUUUUUGGAUCACCUGUCUUCAUAGCUGGCUGCUGUUUCUUCUUCAUCAGCACAACACCAGGACUCAGCAAUGUCUAACAACUGGACUGAUGUCAUCUUGAGCUUUAUUCACUUAUUUUGACCCUGAUUUGGAGUGGAGGCAUUGUUUUAAAAAGAAAACAAAACCAAGCAUCUGUCAUGUAGGUUGUCUAAAAUAAAACUCAUUUAAACCCA